AUGUCACAACAGCAGAAUGGCGAGCCCGUCAUGCGCAGGAAGCUAGUCAUCAUUGGCGACGGUGCUUGCGGCAAGACUAGUUUACUGAGCGUAUUCACACUUGGCUACUUCCCGACGCGCUAUGUCCCAACCGUAUUCGAGAACUACGUAACCGACUGCAGAGUAGACGGAAAGUCUGUACAAUUAGCAUUGUGGGAUACGGCUGGCCAAGAAGACUACGAGCGCCUGCGCCCGCUAGCCUACAGCAAAGCACACGUGCUCCUCAUCGGCUUCUCCGUCGACUCGCCGGACUCGCUCGAGAACGUUAAGCACAAGUGGUCUGAGGAGGCCCGCGAACGAUGCCAAGGGGUGCCAAUUAUCCUAGUUGGUUUGAAGAAAGAUCUUCGUGACGACCCACUUGCCCAGGAGGAAAUGCGCAAAAAGUCUCUCCGAUUCACUACGCCGAAGCAGGGGAGUGAUAUGAAGGAGAUGAUCGGCGCUCGAAAAUACCUCGAGUGCAGCUCUUUGACUGGAGAUGGUGUCGACGACGUUUUUGAAGCUGCCACCCGCGCCGCCCUUCUAUCCGUCGACAAGAAGGAGACUAACGGCUGCUGCGUUAUCCUAUGA